AUGACUAAGUCACCAAAGCAAAAGUUUGGAGAGGGAGUUAAAGUUUUGAAGACAUUGGAAAAGCCUAUUGAUAUUGAAACAGUUGAGCCUUCAAAGGAGUUAGUUCCUUCGAAAUCUAGUGUGUUAAAGCACCUUGAAAAGAAAGCUCAUCGGUCAAGAAAUUCUCCUGAAAGGUCAUCCAGUUUUUCACCUUCAAUGGUUCGAAAGCCUCAAGAAGACUCUAUGGACAACGAAGUAGUCCCUGAAUCACCAAUGGGUAAAGUUUCAUCUAAAAAGAAAUCUCUUGUCAAGUUGAUUUUCAAGGAGAUAGGAAUGUCAAGUAGCUCUGUGAAAACUUCAACAAUGGGCACAUCUACUCUUCUUGGUGACUCAAUCAAAAUAUCGACUCCUAAGCAGACCUCGGUCACACCACCUGAGGUUUUGUUAACCAAGUAA